AAUUCGAGUGGUAAUUCAAACGGAGYUUCCUUCGCGAAGAGGGAAAACGAAGAAGAUGAACCAUAGCCAGCAAGGGACAGAGGGCAGGCACGACGAUGACGCAGCGCUUUCCGAGUUUCUAGCAUCCCUAAUGGAGUAUACUCCCACUAUUCCCGACGAGUUGGUGGAGCAUUACUUAGGGAAGAGUGGAUUCCAGUGUCCCGACGUUCGAUUGAUCAGGCUUGUAGCUGUUGCCACACAGAAGUUCGUUGCAGAUGUUGCAAGUGAUGCGCUCCAGCAUUGUAAGGCAAGACAGGCAUCAAUAGUCAAAGACAAAAGGGAUAAACAACAAAAGGAUAAGCGCUUAAUAUUGACCAUGGAGGAUCUCUCGAAGGCACUUCGUGAGUAUGGCGUGAAUGUCAAACAUCAAGAAUAUUUUGCUGAUAGCCCUUCGACUGGAGUGGAUCCUACUUCCAGAGAGGAGUGAGUUGGAACUGGAAACGGCUAAAAUUACUUUCCUGUCGUCAUGAAUAUACUGAUGCAUAGUUCAGGGUUGUUGAGUAUUCUUGCUGUACGGUUACAGAAACUGUAGCUAAAAUUUAGUCCCUGCCAUGCACAUUCAUGACUCAUGUUGUACAUUAUAGCAUUACUUUGAACAUCAAGUUUAAGUAGCUGUGUUUUCCUAGUCAAAUUCUGCUA